GUCCUCUCAUACACACCACUUCACGCCGCAGGUCUAUCUAUUCCUUCACCGAGGCAUGGAUGCCGAAGACUUCCCAACAUCUCCUGCUAAGCGCCAGAGGACGGGCUCUCCAGACGAAAAUAGGAGUGCCCUCGACCCGCCUCAGUCGACGUCCGCCACCGAGCAAAAUGGUCCCAUCACUGAGCAGCUCCCUGCCGAGCAGAGCGUUUCUACGGCAGAGCCAGAGCCAGAGACGUCAUCUUCCGAUCUGAAGAAGAGAGAGGAGCAUGCCGCCCCUGAACAGUCUGACUCAAAUUCUCUUCUAGAUGCGUUGAUGCUGCAAGUCGAGGCAGAAGCCGCUGCCGCAAGACCGUCAUCUGACCCUCCUACGAGUACUAAUGGCACCCUGCCAAUGGCCGAUGGAAUGCUGGUCGAUGGAGAACAUAACAGGAAUGAAGACAGAGGACAUGAUGCGCAGGCACAUCCGAGCGACCUCGCUACUACCACUCAAGAGCCUGCACCGGAUGCUACUGUUUUGGGCGAUAUUGAGGCAAUGGACGUGGCAGAGACUGUUGUCCUCGACCGCAAUGCGCAAGUCGCACCCGACACCAAUGCCUCGGUACGCACCGUGGGCAAUGCUGCCGAUACACCGACCGUCCUCGAUCUCAACCCAACAAACGCAAUCCUCCCCGAUGGCUCCAGCGCACCUGAACCAGGUGCGGAGGGUGCUGAAUGGGAAAUCGAUUCAUCACCCUAUGAGUCCUCCUCAGAUUCCGACUCCGACUCCUCCGACGACACUUCUUCGGAAGAAGACAGCGACGAGGAUGCUGAUGGCGAUUACGCCAUGCUGGAUCCCGAGGAGACGGCGCGCAUACUCAUGCAAGGUGAUGCGGGUUCGGACGAUGAAGGAGGAGGUCCUCGGGAUAGAAAAGAGGGAGGCCCACUCCGGACGGCCAAUGAACGUACGGAAGAAGUCAUACCUAGACCGGACAUUACUGUCACCGAAGAUAUGAAGAUUGAAGAACUGGGCAACGUCGAAUUUGUGGUCGAGAGUACCGUCGUUGUUAAGGCCAAGACGUCGGGCGAAUAUCAGGUGUUAGAACCCGGGUCCUUGAUUUGUCUGAAAGAUCGAUCGGUGGUUGGAGUGGUUGCCGACUUGAUAGGGCGAGUCGAGGAACCCAGGUAUACCAUUCGGUUCACCAACGAUGAUGAUAUCAAGGAGGCCGGUGUGUCGGAAGCCGGCGUCAUUGUGUUCUACGUUCCUGAGCAUUCCACGUUUGUCUUCACCCAACCGUUGAAGAGCGUCAAGGGAAGCGACGCCUCGAAUUUCCACGACGAGGAAGUUGGUGAGGACGAGAUGGAGUUCUCGGAUGACGAAGCCGAGGCCGAGCACAGGCGCCAGAUAAAAGCGAAGAGACAGGGGAGGUCACUGGACACAGGCAGAGGCCGUGGUAACUCGAAGUUCGCCAGAGGGUCGCAUCGCGGUGGCAGUCGAGGAGGUCACCACGCAGACCAUCGUCACCGCAAUCCCAGUGAUGGCUCAGCUUACGGCAAUGGCCCCUUGGAAAUCAACUAUGAUGAUGUCCCAGUGCCAGAUGCAGGCGAUGACGGCUAUACGCCGUUGCAAAGACCGAGUGACCUAGCCGAAAUGGUCGCCAAGCGAGAACCGCCUCGAGAGCAGCCGCGGGAACGCGGAAUGAUGCAUCCACUUCCACCACCGCCCCAAUCCUCGCAAUUCAGAGGAGGAGAGUCAGGCGGGCGAGGGAGAGGUUAUGGUCACGGGAGGGGAGGGCGAGGAGGCAGAGGAGACAGAGGAGGGUUCCGGCCCCAGCGUGGACGGGGAGGUUUCAAUCAGCCUCGCGAGCCUCCUUUCAGUCAAUACAACGCAUCUCACAGCAAUCACCAGAACGGCUACAACCCAUCCACCGCCCCUCUGCCGAAUCUCAACCUCCCAACGACGCCUUCCAUAACACCGCAGAACAUAACAUACCCUCCAAUGACGCCUUCGCCGAUCACCCCUCUCCCGAACGUCCCGUUCAACUUUGGCCAGGGCUUCCAGCCUCCGAGCAACUUCCCUUCCUUCGCUGCACCGCCGGGCGUGCCUCCGCCGCCACCUCUGUUUCCUGGUAGCAAUUUCCCCUUUCAGCAACAGCAGACGGGCCAAUAUCAAGGCGGCCAAAAUCCCUAUGGCUCCAACUCGCCUCAUGCCGCAGGUGGACAGACGAAUUACCUCUCUGGUGCAUGGGCUGGUAACCCGGCCAUUGCAGCGGCGUUGCAGAGACAGGUGGAAGAACAGAGGAGGGCACAGGGACAGCAGUAGAGAUGUAUGUGGGGGGUGAGAUAUAUCUUGUACGAUUUUAGAGCUUGGAAAGGGUUCAAAAACAUGUGCAACUACUACUAAAUAGCCUGAGCGGUAGAGCGACUGUAUUGGUAGCGAGCAGCAUCGGUAUCGAACUGCUUAACAGUUCCACAAAGAAAAAACUCGACUGGAC